GUCGCUGUUGGUCCCACCGACGAUCAUCUUGGGUCAUCCAAACUAUACAUAUAUCUAUAUCUACCUACUGUGGGGAUAACUCAAACGUCGGCAAAAACCACACAGCGCUCUCCGCCCAUCAUAUCAUCAAUCAUCUGUCAGAAUGGGCGCGGAUCAGUCGAAAAGCUCUUCCUCAAGUACUUUGGAGGCCGAUCGACGGCCUCCUGAUUAUUAUGAGCUCCUGGAAGUGGAUGAGGAUGCAGACUUUGAAGCUAUCAAGAAAUCAUACAGGAAAUUGGCCCUCGUCAACCACCCGGACAAGAAUCCGGAUAGAAUUGAAGAGGCUACCAAGUUCUUUGCAGAUUUACAGCAAGCGUAUGAAAUUUUGAGUGAUCCUCAAGAAAGGGCCUUCUAUGAUUCUCAUAGGAACGCUCCGGUAGCCGCCACCGACGACGAUAUCUUUGAAUAUAUUCGUGCAGGGGACGCAGCUACGAAUGACCCACGAUCCAAGCUCAAUCGCCGUCCCGCUGGAGACCCCGGAAUCCAGCUGGAGCAGCUCAUGGCAUUCUUCGAUCCAAAACUCACCCGAAAGCUGGAUGACUCUACAGAGGGGUUCUAUUCCGUUUAUAGGACGCUUUUCGGUCUUUUGGCUUCAGACGAACGGCUUCACAGCGAUACGCCGCACCGUAUGAUGUAUCCUUCAUUCGGACAAUCAUCAACCGCAUACGCGCCGCCCCAUGGUCUCACGCGCGCCCAAAAAGACUCACAGAUAUGGGCGAGGGAUUUCUAUGCGGUGUGGGGAGAGUUCGUCACCGAAAAACGGUUUGAAUGGAUCAACAAGUGGGAUGCAGACAAGGGUGACGACCGGAUGGUGAGGAGAGCAAUGGAAAAGGAGAACAAGAAGGCCAGAGAAGAUAUCCGGAAGGAAUAUAAUGACACAAUUCGACAACUGGUCAGCUUCAUUCAACACCGCGAUCCUAGAUUCAAGCUCCACCAAGCAAAGCUUGCACAAGCCAAAUCGAUGAAAUCAUCCAGCUCGAAAGUCGCAACACCUUCCACAAAACCUGCUGUUCAAGCAGAAGCAGCGCACCGACGCGAGCAAGAGCGCCUUCGCCAGGCUGCCGCGUACGAAGAGCAAGACUGGCAGAAGAUGUCUGGAAAAAAUUCAGAUAAUGGGGAUGAAGUUGAUGAAGAUGCAGAGGAAGAGCAAAUGGGGGACGGAACUGCUGUGCGGAUAGAUGAUGGAAAUGGCAGUGAAAUUUUUGAGUGUGUUGCUUGUAGCAAGACUUUUGCCAGUGAAGCGAGCUGGGAAAACCACGAGAGGAGCAAGAGACACAAACAGGCAGUUUGGAGACUGAAAAAAGAGAUGAGAGCGGAGGCGAAGGCGAUGGGUAUGGAAAUCGGCGAGGCGGAGGUGUACAGCGAUGAGCCCGACGCGACAGAGCCUGCUUUCCUGGCAGAGGAUAGUUCUCUAGCCACCCCCCCAGAAGAUGUCAGCGGUCUGCAAGAAGGGUACGAUGAGGCCACUCAGGCUUCCAAAAAGUCCAAAAAGAAGGGUGGUAGAACAGUUUCUCAAUCAGGCCCACCGGAAUCGAAACCAGAUAUAGGAACAACUUUACCACUGCCAAAGCAGCGACCCUUGUGUGACGAACUCGACGCCACAGACAGAGACACGAAGACGGACAAAAGCGCGGCUAGCGGUCCAUCAAAACGCGACAAACGCCGAGCUCGAGAAGCGCGAAAGAAAGCAGACGAGGAAGAGCGCCUGGCAGCUGCAAAAGCUGCCCGAAAAGCCACCAAACAUAGUCUUGCUACUUCUCGUGACGAGUUCGUGUCUGCAAGAUCGUCUGGCUUGAGUGGACAGGCUGCCAAUGAUGCCGAAAGCUUUGUGAUGCCAAAGCAGAAGGGCAAGCCGCGCUUGAAAGCCAAGGGCGACAAGGACGGCGUCGAGCGAGGCGCUAGCGCUAGCGAAGCCCAGUUGAAGGCUGUCGUGGCGGAUAUCCAAGAAAAGCGCGAUAAAAUGAUAGAGAAAUGGGACUCAAAUUGGGAAGAACUUGGAACGAAACUCAACAGGCUAUUAGGCGACAACCAGGCAAAAGCUACCACAGUCCUUUGCCUUGGAUUGGGAAAGCCAUACACAGACCGGACAGCUCGCAUUCAGCUCGCGCUCCUGCUCGGGCUUCUCACCGCACUACAGUCGGAUAUAUCCGAAGUAGUGAUCUUCGAUCCGAUAUUCGAUCAUAACGACAAAGCAUUGCUUCGUCAACUGGGACUAGAUGUAUCUGAACAAAAUUUGCUCGGAAAGCACGAGCUGCAAGAGGACCGGCCAUAUCUUAUCUAUCUUCCACACGCACCCCGUCAAAUAUACGAAGCUGUUCUUUCUACUAAUUACAAUCCUCAUCUUUGUGGAUCAUCACCAGGCAGAGUGAUACUUGGAAAUGAUCUGGGUGACUACUUACCCGGAUAUGUGGGAGACACUCUGAACACAGAGGAAAGCGGCGAAGGAGAAUUUACAAAGCCAAAGAAAAGGAGAGGAAAGGGAGGUCAGAAGCCUACUGUCAAAGACAGUGUUUUGGCUCGUCUGGUGCCCCAUAUGUCAAAGCUGCCCUUUGGCUCUGCCUUGCCCGAGACGAAUCUCCCCGGUUUCGCCCGCGCAUUUUUGUCAUUUACAUUUCAAUGGAUUGAAGAAGACAAGAAGGCACAUAUAGACUGGGAACGGAAGCUGCCUGAUAUCGAAUGGGGAGAUGACGGUGAAGUUAUUCAUUGAAUAGGGAAAGUGUCUGUUUCUUUAAUCUGCUUGCAUAUGUACAUGGCACAAUGUGAUCAAGUAUGGGACCGG